GAACCAUUUGCCUAUAGAAGAUGUGGCAGCGUUAAAAGAUUCGUUUCCAACAGUUAAGCAUUUAACUAUAGCUAAAAUGAAUUACAACUGGUCUGAUAUUCGGCUAUGAAUAUCCAUGUUUUCGUCGAUCAAAGAACUUUCAGUCUCUUUUAAUAUUGUCAUAACCAUAGAAGACAUAACGCUUAGAAUAUCUUAAUUUGAAUUUAAUUAAAAUAGAUAGAAUUAGAUUUCCAUCUUCAACAUCAACAGAUAAGACUGCUUUGUUUCCAAUGCUACGUCAUCUACAUACAUAUUUCAGAAAGCUACAUAUCAGAGUGGCAAUCGAUUAGCGAAUUAGAUAAAUUAUCAAAUCUAGAAAACUUGAAAUUCAGAGAAGAUUCUAUUUUGAAAAACGAAACUGUAGAGACUGCUCGACAAUUGAUAAUCGCAAGGAUAGCAAAAUUAAAGAUCUUAAAUGGUACAGAGAUACCUCAUAAUGAAAGAAGAGGCGCAGAGCACAAUUAUUUGAAAUUGUCCUUACCAGUGUGGCUAGAAACCGAAAGUAAUUGAGAAAAGCGAACAUCGUUUAUAAAUGAACAUCCUCGAUAUCCUAUUUUAGUCAGUAAAUAUGUAAUUGCGGAUAUUCCUUCAGCUAAACUGAAAGUGGAAAUGGUUUCCAAUGUGAUGGGGGUGGAAUUUGUAUGUCCGGACGAUCCACAUCAAUCUAGAGGGAUUAAAAGGAAGUUACUUAAAGAUGUGGAAAUUCAAAAAAUGAUUGGGCUUGUUCAAAGGUUUUUUAAAACCGGUGGAAAGAUUCCAGCUCUUAAUAUAAUAUAGUAAAUUAAAGACAGGAGUCACUAAAUAACAAUUUGCAAUUGUUUUUCAUCAAAUGUACACGAAGAGGCGAAGGAGAUGGCAUAAAAUUGAGGAACUCUAUACAAAAGGUAAAUUAAAGACGGGAGUCACUAAAUAACAAAUUGCAAUUGUUUUUCAUCAAACGUACACGAAGAGGCGAAGGAGAUAGCAUAAAAUUGAGGAACUCUAUACAAAAGAGUUUACAGUAUUACACAAUAUAUAGAAAAAUAAACCAGGAACACUAUAUAAAAAUGAAUAAACAAAAUAUUGAUGGAAAGAAAUAUAACACAGAUGACUCUUUUGAGACGGAAAUUGAUAAUUUAAAUAAAAUAAUCAUUUCAACAUCUAAGGAAGUAAUUGAUGAAAAUGAAUCCUCUAAUUUGACUGUUGUAGCGGAUAAAUUUUCUGAGUUUGAAAACUUAAAUGGAAUGGAUAUUUUAACAUCUAAUGACGAAUUCGACAAUAUUAAGUUAUUUGAUUCAACCAUCGAGAUAGUAAGUUUCGUUGAUGGUAUAGAAGCUCCUCGUUAUGUAGGAGAUAAGCAGCAGUAUAAAAUUUUUAAAUUUUUCUUAAAUAAUGGUAAUGGGAAACGUGUUCAAGUAAUAACCUGGAAUGAUGAAGUAGAUAAAGUGGAACCUCAUAUAAAAUUAAAUUACAUUGUUCAUUUAGACGGCGUACAGGCUCGUCCACCUAAAGCGUCCCAAUUUAAUAAUGGCAAUGUACCUUACGAAUUACAAAUUCGUUCAAAUACAAUUGUUUCAAACUUAGGAAAGUAUAAAUUAUUAUGUUCGUCUGAUAUAGAACCAGAGAAUGUUCAAUUUUCCGAUGUUUUAACUACAUCAACACGUGUCAUCAUAGAUGGUUACAUCAAAACAAAUUUUGCUCCAGUUUAUAACAAUAAGUUAAAUAAAUCAAUUGGUUGUGGAUCUCUGACGGAUGGCGAAUAUAAGUUAGAGAUUCACAUAAUGAAUUUUAACGAAGAAAUUUAUCGUAACCUUAAUUUAAGAAAAGGUGAUAAAAUUAAAAUAAUUGGUACAAUACAAACCACAGUUGACCCACCAUGUUUCAUAGUGCAAAACAUAAAGGAUCUUUCACAGAUAGAUGGACACAUGCCAUUGAAAACAGUUAUAAAAGUCUCUCGUACUCUUAAAAAAAGAAGCGCAGAGAAUAAUUUGUUGCAACAGCACUCAAAUAAGAAGAGUAAACUGGAUUAAAAUAAUAUUCUUGGAUUAGAAGAAAUGAUGUUCUUGUUUAAAUGACAUAAAUAAUUAGAUUGGAUUCUUUAUAUUAAAAACGUUUCUUUCGUUUGU